AUGGCAGACGACUAUCGCAAAGUUUUUCUAUCGGAUCGCUACGUAAAUUAUAACCUCUUGGACCAAAGCAUAAGCCAACAUGAAAGGGAACUCCAAAAGGUCGCCCAAAUACAACAAAAGGUCCAAGAAAGCUCUCUACUCCGGGCUACCAUGAUUGGAAUCGGUAGUGGCGUCAUAGGUGCCAUGUUUGGGACAUUUAUGUUUACGAUAAAUAUGAGCAACAAUGUCAUGCCAGGGGAACAGCCAAGAGGAAUCAGGGCGGAGCUAGCAGCUCAGUAUAGACAAUUUGUACCAUAUAUAAAGGGAAGCAUUAAAGGCUUUGCCAAAUUAGGAUUUAUUUAUUCGCUCUUUGAAGAUAUAAUCCAAAAGAAACGGGCGACAUCGGAUAUCAAGAAUGCCUUGUAUGCAGGGUGUACAACUGGAGCUCUCUUGUCGAUUAAAAAUGGGCCAAUUCCAGCAAUUGGUGGAUGUGCAGGAUUUGCCGCCUUUUCAGGAUUGAUGGAAAAAUAUCAGAGAAAUCGUUAA